AUGGCACUUGUCACCUGCCACAGCUUCAAACAAUUCCCUGGACACCACCAACCACCAGCUGUGCAUGUGAAGGGUGUAUUACUGUCAAAAUCCAGUUCUGUAUGCUCCACCUUCACAUCUGGUGGAUGGAAGUGUCCAGGGCACCUUCUGAAAGUGUGGUGUCCCCACUUGAGGGAUCUUCAAAGCUGUCCCCAUCUAUUUUCUACUUUUGCUAAUGGUAAACACAUCUCCUUGAUGAAUAAUGAUGACUGUAGCAUUGCCAAUUUCAGAUGCCAUACAGUGCAAAACGUGGGAUGCAGGAUGAAGCAGGAGAAUUGUAGUCACAAAAAAGACAAGUUGAAUGCCACUCAAGGACGUAAAAUUAAGAAAAAUAUGGAAUGA